GACGGAGUCACUUUUGCGGGCAUGGGGCGGCUUCGGACACGCCCAGCUGUGUCCUUGAGCCUGCUGUCCUUUUCUGGCCUGUGGCUUUUCUGGAGGCCAAGCUCGCGUGCCUUUGUGGCCUCCCCGCUGCGCGCGGGCUCGGCGGUGCUGGGCACAGGGACAGAACAGCUUAGUCUGCCAGCAGAAGCCCACCGAGUUUCAGAGCAGGCGCUGCUGGAUUUCUACAACGUGACCCUGGACCGGGGCCUGUCCCAUGGCCAAGUCGAGGAGCAGCGCGCCAGGUUCGGCUUGAACCAGCUCGCGGAGCAGGCCAAGAAAUCCCUCUGGGAGUUGGUCUUGGAGCAGUUCGAUGACUUGCUUGUUCGGAUACUGCUCCUGUCAGCCUUUGUGUCUUUUCUUCUGGCGUACUUCAACACAGAUGAUCAGAAAGAGGGUGUAUCUGCCUACAUUGAGCCCUUGGUCAUUCUUAUGAUCUUGGUUCUGAACGCCUGUGUGGGGGUCUGGCAGGAAUCCAACGCAGAGCAGGCGCUGGACUCCUUGAAGAAGCUGCAGUCCGACACCGCCACCGUCUUGCGCGAGGGCCGCUGGGGCCAAGUUGAGGCGUCAGAUGUGGUGCCUGGAGACGUGUGCGAGGUGAAGGCCGGUGAUAAGGUACCAGCGGAUAUCCGCUUGGUGCAGUUGAAGACAACCACAAUCCGUGCGGAGCAAUCGCAGCUCACUGGGGAGUCCCAAAGCGUCCUCAAGGAUCCGGACCCGGUGCAGGAUCCAGAUGCUGUGCUUCAAGGCAAGAGCAACAUGCUUUUCGCCUCGACGACCAUCUCCAACGGUGCCUGUGUGGGGUGUGUGGUGGCCACGGGCAUGUCCACAGAGAUCGGCGCCAUUCAGGGGGCAGUGACCGAAGCCGGACAGGACGACCCCACGCCGCUGCAGAAGAAGCUGGACGAGUUUGGGACGACGCUGGCCAGAAUCAUCUUUGCCAUUUGUGCGAUCGUCUGGGCCAUUAAUUACAAGCACUUCACUGAUCCUGUGCAUGGAUCGUUUCUUCAGGGCUGCAUCUACUACUUCAAGAUUGCGGUUGCGCUGGCGGUGGCAGCGAUUCCAGAGGGACUCCCUGCGGUAGUCACAACCUGCUUGGCGUUGGGAACCCAGCAGAUGGCAGAGAGGAACGCCAUUGUGAGGAAGUUGCCAUCGGUGGAGACUCUGGGGUGCACGACGGUGAUUUGUUCCGACAAGACCGGCACCCUGACGCUCAACGAGAUGUGUUGCACACGCAUGGUUCUCCCGAGAAGCCCCACGGAGAUGCAGUCCUUCUCAGUCGAGGGCAAUGGCUAUUCGCCCUUGGGGAAGGUAAUGGAUUGGUCAGCGGAUUGGCAGGGCAACAAGGCGCUGCGCUUCUUCUGCAAGGUGGCCACGCUUUGCAACGACUCGCGGCUGAGCCAGGAGGGCUCGAGCAUUUGCCGCGUGGGGGAGCCCACGGAGGCGGCGCUGCGGGUGCUGGUGGAGAAGUUGGGCUGCCCCGAAGAGGCCUUGCAAAGAGCGCACUUCCAGCAAGAGAGGAGCAGUCAGACUGUCAUGGUGUUCAAUGACUUCUGGAGCGAGGGCGUGACAAAGCGGGCGACCCUGGAAUUUGCGCGGGACCGCAAGUCCAUGAGUGUCCUAUGCAGCGAUCCAGAGGUUCAGCCAGAGAACGUUCUGUAUGUCAAAGGUGCUCCAGAGAGCAUUUUGGACAGGUGCUCUGCCGUGUUGCUGCCGGAUGGCACGCAGACCCCCCUUUCUGACACUUCAAAAGCUGCCAUCAUGGAGACAACUCUUGGAAUGGCCGGCGAGGCGCUUCGAACUCUUGCGCUCGCCGUCAAGCUGGACCUGGAGGACUGUGGGCUGCAGGAUUACGAUGGACCGUCCCACCCCGGCCAUGCUGUGCUUUGCGAUCCUAGCGGCUUCGCCGCGGUGGAGCAGGGCAUGGUGUUCGUGGGCCUUGUAGGGAUCAUUGAUCCACCGCGGCCGGAAUGUAUGGAUGCAAUUGCAGCAUGUAACAAGGCGGGCAUCAGUGUCUUCAUGACAACCGGAGACAACAAGGUGACGGCUGAGGCCAUCUCCCGGCAGCUGGGUAUCCUUGCUCCCGACUCGGACGUCUCUGCCAAGUCCCUCACGGGCAAGGAGUUUGCUGACAUGUCCCAUGCUGACCGUGCAGAUGUGCUGAAGAGCAUGAUGGCGGAUCGUGGCAAGGAGGGUGCGGUCUUUUCCCGCAUGGAGCCCAAGCACAAGCAGAUCGUGGUGAAGAUGUUGAAGGAGCAGGAUGAAAUUGUCGCUAUGACCGGCGACGGCGUGAACGAUGCGCCGGCCCUGAAGCAGGCAGACAUCGGCGUGGCCAUGGGCAUGGGCGGCACCGAAGUGGCCAAAGAAGCCUCCGAUAUGGUGUUGGCCAACGACAACUUCUCCACUAUUGUGGCUGCUGUUGAGCAGGGCCGGUCAAUCUUCAAGAACAUGAAGGCUGUAAUCCGCUACUUGAUAUCCUCUAACAUUGGCGAGGUGGCGUCCAUUUUCCUGACUGCUGCCCUGGGGAUUCCAGAGAGCCUUGCUCCCGUGCAGCUCCUUUGGGUGAACUUAGUGACGGAUGGACUACCUGCAACUGCCCUGGGCUUCAACCCACCCGAUGAGGGCGUCAUGUCCGAACCGCCCCGCAGGAAGGACGACGGCCUGAUCUCAGGAUGGGCACUUUUUCGAUACCUUAUGAUUGGCCUCUAUGUUGGCAUUGCCACUGUGGGAGUCUUCAUCUACUGGUUCACCGCCGACGAGGGCCACACGCUGGUGUCGCUAGCGCAGCUCAUGGAUUGGGGCCACUGCUCGGCAGCCGACCUGUCUCCAGAGCCUAUGAUGGGAAUGGACUUCUCCGCGGAUCCGUGCAGCUAUUUCACCGUGGGCAAAAUCAAAGCAGCAACCCUCUCCAUCACAGUCCUGGUGAUGAUCCAGCUGCUCAACGCCUUCAACGCUGUGUCUGAGGAUGGGUCCCUGCUGUCAAGACCUCCUUGGCUAAAUCCAUGGCUGGUCGCAGGAUGUGCGGUGUCGGCAUUCCUUCACUGCGCCAUUCUGUACACCCCGCUGGCAAGUUUCUUUGGCGUUUGCCCGUUGGACGCUCAUGAUUGGAUGCUUGUGGCAGCUUUCUCCCUGCCCGUGCUGGUCCUGGAUGAAGUGCUGAAAUACGUUAGCCGGAUGCAGCGAGAAAGCGACUGAGGCAUAUGCUUCCCUUCAUUGUACUCAUGCGAGUGGCCCUCGAAGUUGCACACACACACACACAGAUUGUGCGCUGUUCAUGGGGAGGGCGUGGGCUGAAGCCGGGUGUUACAGUUGAGGCACACGAAACAGUCGAUUCGUUUGGUCGCAAGGUGGACGAUGGCACUGAGGCGUUGCAAGAUGUUGCAAGGUUCAGGGCUUCACCACCAAUGCUCCGUCCGCUAUUUCAACAACGGACCUGAUUUCUUAGGGUAUUGACUUUUGAAAUGAAAUGUGGUCGAGUUCCGCUGCCAUUCAGAACGAGACGCGGAA